AUGGCUGCAGUGGCAGAGGCAGCAAGUGCUUCUGCUUCUUCUUCGCCCCCUUCCACCUCCUCCUUCUCCUCCUUCUCACCAGCAUCACUACCCCCAUCAGCAUCCCCCGCCGGGGUGUAUGAGCUGCGAUGCUACGAGGCACGGGGCGAGGGUGGGAGCCCCACUGCAAGAGACAUCAUUCAAGAUUCGUUCACUAUACGGUUAGUAGUAACAGCACCAGCAGUGGCAGCGGCGGCAGCGGCGGCGGCACCACCAGCACCACCACCAGCACCACCACCAGCACCACCACCACCACCACCACCACCACCACCGCCAUCACCAUUCCUGGGGUGUAAGAGGUUGCGCCAUCCUCCCUCUGCCUCCUCAUCCCUCCAUCGUUGCAUCCCUCCAUCGUUGCAUCCCUCCAUCGUUGCAUCCCUCCAUCGUUGCAUCCCUCCAUCGUUGCAUCCCUCCAUCGUUGCAUCCCUCCAUCUUGCAUCCCUCCAUCGUUGCAUCCCUCCAUCGUUGCAUCCCUCCAUCGUUGCAUCCCUCCAUCGUUGCAUCCCUCCAUCGUUGCAUCCCUCCUCUCGCUGCCUCUCUGUUUCCUGCGCUAACACCACAAAGCAUCAGCUUGCACUCUACCCUCUUUUCCCCCUCUCGCCCCUCUCAUCCAUGCCCUGCCUUUCUCAUCCCCGCCUUUCUCUCCCGCCUCUCUCCCGCCUCUCUCACAGCCUCUCUGCUCGCCUGACGGCUGCUCCCUCCUCUCGCUGCCUCUCUGUUACCUGCGCUAAUGCCACAAACCAUCAGCUUGCAUUCUAA